AUGGCCGCCAGUCCGUCCACUCCCCCCCCGCUGUUAAACUCCAUCGCCGUCAGCAGCGCGCCGACCCCCUCCUCGAUCCCCGCCAAGCGCCCCCUCGAGACCGCCUCAACCUCGUCAACCACAACGACAACAUCCUCAAACUCGUCGACGACCUCGGCCUCGUCAAGCACCUCGUCCGCGGCCGCUAACAACACCGCCACGACGACCGCUUCGACUCCCGCGGCCACCGCCGCUACCGCCGCCGCCGCGGCCACCCCGCAGACAAAGAAGGUCCUCGAGCGCAACCAGGCGUGUCUGUCGUGUCGCUCGAGGAAGCGCAAGUGUGAUGGCGGGAAACCCACGUGUAGUGCCUGUGACAGGCUCGAGAGACGGUGCGUGUACUCGACGGGGGGGCUGUCCACCGUGACAAAGAUCCACUCGUCCUCGUCGUCCUUCCACGCUAGUAAAACAAACAAUUCAACCCCGAGCUCAAACGCGAACCGGUGGCCCGUACCGCCGGCCGUCAACACGAACGUCGAGGAGGCACACCCGCUCGUCAUCCACGGGCCCUCCCCUCGCACCGCGCAGCCGCCCUCAACGCCGCCGCUGCUCUCCGCGCCCACCUCGUCGCAGAACACCUUCACGGCCAUCAACCACGGCUCGUCCUCUCCCCCGGCGACACGCCCCAGCCCGAGCCCGAGCGCGCAGCUCGCACCAACAAACGGGAACCAGCGCCACUCACACGAGCCCCCCGCGAAGCGUCCGCGCUCCACCGAGGCCCCGCUGUCGUCGGCCAACCUGUUCACGGCGCACUUUCUGCAGGCCUCGCCCUUUGCCGGCAGCGACAGCGAGCUGGUAUGGCCCGAGCCCGCCACCGUCGAGAGCGACACCCCGGACGCGGACUUCCCCUCGCCGGCGGCACUCACAGAGCUCGUCGAGACCUUCUUUGAGCAGAUCCACCCAUUCAUGCCGUGUCUGUACCGCGCCGCCAUCAUGGCCGACAUCGCCGCCGGGGGCCCCCUCUCGCGGCCCAACCCGCUCUCGUACAUACUCGCCUCGCUCGCAGCGCACAUCAACCCGUCGUCGGGCGUGUCGGCGCUGUCCGCGCCGUGGGCCGCCGCCGCAAAGCGUGGCUUCGACAACGCCGUCGCGCGCGGCAACUUUACGCUCCUGAACGUGCAGGCGGCCGUCUACAUCUGCCUGUACUGCCUCGUCACCGCCGAGAUGGCCGAGCUGUGGGUCUACCUGGCAAAGGCCUACCGCAUGUGCACGCCGCUCGGGCUGCACGAGAUUGACUCGCCGCGGCGCAGCGGGCGCGCGGGCGUGGGCCCGCUGGCGAGGAGCGAGCAGGAGCUGGAGGAGCAGCGCAGGGCCGUGUGGGCCGUGUUUGUGCUGGAUAGGCUUGUUUCGUGGGCGCCCGGGUGGCCGACGGUUGUGGAUGAGAGGGUGUUUUGUGUCAACUUUCCGGUGGACGAGGCUGUUUUCCAGAGCGGCGAGAUUGAGCAAAUGUCGCACAUUGUGAUUGAGCCGUUUGCACACCAGCUCUCGGACCUCAUCACGCCGACGCCGGCCUCAGCGCCACCAAGAAGCCCCUACCACUACAUCCGCAAGCUGUGCAUCCUCCUCGGCCACAUCAUCGCGCACACACACUCCCCGCACCCGCCCACACGCACGCAGUUCGACGCGCUCGAAACAACACUCGCGCGCUUCCGGCUGUCGCUGCCCCGGCAGUACCGCUCCAUCGCAAACCUGCCCAGCAGCGAGCUCACGCACGUUGCGCAGCUCAACCUGCUGCUGCACGUGUGCACGAUCCUGCUGCACGAGCCGGGCUCCGAGGCCGCGCAGGCGGCCGUGGGCAAUAUCAUGGCGGGGCUGAAGAUGCUGGUCAAUUGCGCGACGGAGGAGGGCGGGGCGCUGGCGAACCCGUUUUUGUGUGGGGUGCUGUUUGUGGCGGGGCGCAUGCUGGCCGUUGGGUGCCGGGAGGGGAGGGGUGGGAGGGCGGAGGUGGAUUUGGUGUUGGAGGUGUUGGAGAGGGGGCGGGAGUGGUGGCCGGGGUUGGCGGGGAGGUAUAGGGAUGUGGUGGGGGCGGAGGUGGGGAGGUAG